ACCGGACGGGAGCCGAGAGCGGCCCAUAUUGAUGGCAAAAGGCGGACCCGGAAACCCAGUGACACAGUGAGAGGAGAGGAGAGGAGAGGCCACACACACACACACACACGGGGGGAGGGGGGGCGCUGAGGGCCGCUAUGGAGCGGGAGUCGGCUUUGGUUUUCCUGAAUUCCAGUAUUUUCGUGGUUUCUAUGAUCCUCAAAUUCCCUCAGAUUUUCACCGUCAUCGCCGCCAAAAACGCCCGCGGCGUCAGCGUCCGCAGCCUCUUACUGGAGCUGAUCGGGUUUCUUGUGUUCCUGACUUACCAGACAUACUACGAAUAUCCACCUGUAACAUACUUGGAGUACCCGAUCCUAAUUGCACAAGAUGCUAUUCUCUUAAUGUUCGUUCUUUUCUUCAAUGGGAACAUUGGAACAGCUUUACCGUAUGCAAUACUCUUAAUCAUUGGUUGGCGUCUGCUAACAGUCCACAAGGUUAUUAUAGACGUGGCAAUGAAUAUGUCCACUUUCAUCAGUGCAUCAAGUAAAUACGCUCAACUUAAAUCUCUGCGGGAGACCCGAGACUCUGGUCAAGUGAGUGCCCUGACCUGGGGUUUUGCUGUCUACACUUCAGCAGCAAGAAUUUGCACUACAAUGAUGACCACUGAGGACCCUGCAGUGGUCACGCGGUUUGUAGUUAUAUGUGCGCUGAACUUGUGGGUUUUGAUCUACAUCCUGUACUACCGGAAGGGCAAAGAGGAGAAAAAGGAUCAAAAGGAGCAACAAAGUAAGAAGCAACACCCGAAGGCUGAAUAAAACAACAGCUUCAUUGGAUUCUGCAUUGAAGACAAUCACUCAGCAACGUUAUAGUCUGUGUUUUAUUGCUAAUGUGGUACAUAGACUUGCAUUACAAAUAGUCUGAGAACUUUUAGAUUCUCCUCUUAAGAUACAAUUGAGAUACUUAUCAGCCUGUGUGUGUGGGUACAUUGAGUUCCUUUCUAAAUACAGUAUAUAAAUGAUGUGACAUAGGCAGAGCCUUCUAUUAUUAUCACUGUAUGAUUAAGUAGAGUCCUUGCUGGAAUAGAUGGUUGGUGUUAAGGUACACAAUUGUAUUUGUUUUGUUCAGAUCAAAGUUCCUAUGUCCACAGUGGAUUCUAUUCAUUCAUUCCCUCUAACUAAUAGUAAGUGGGUGAGAGGAAACCACUCUUACCUCUAGGUCAAACCUUUCUUGUUUUUAUUUGGUGAGGGGCUGGCGACCUUAGGAAUGCACCAUAAAAACAGGAAGCGUUUAUUUGCAAAUCAGAAAAUCAGCACUUCCUGACAGCCAAGUGCAACACUGCUAUUGAGAGCAGGAGACUCUAGUCCCGAUCUCUGCUGGAGUCUUAAAUCUCAUUGUACUGCAGUAAACUGAUUCUCUUAAGUAAUUAUGAAUUUUGGCAGCUUACAAAAUCCAGCUAAGUAACUUUUCUGUGAACUUGAUUUGCCAGUGUUCACUAUAUCAUAUCCAUUAUGGUUGGAGUAGUAACUCAAGAGCGUUUGUAUGCACAUUCUGAUAAGAAAACGAUCGCUUCUUGGCAAAUUCUAUUAACAACUUUAACUGCCCAGUCUUUAACAAGUUGCAAUAUUAACAACUUUUGGACCAAAGUGAAAAUAGUAAUGACAUUUGUUAAUAGUUGUUUGUCAGAAAAAAUAUCUAUAGGAGUGAAAAUGCAGUGAAGCAUAAUUGUUUGCUACAUCAAGACAGCAAACCCUCACACAAAUCCACUGAGCAGAUCUAAGAAAAUGUGAUGACCAAAUCAGAUCCUCUCAUCACCUCACCUUGCAUCUACUCUUAGAUAUUGUAUAACAUUAUUACAAGAAACACACAAAGGUCAAUUUUUAUUUCAUUUGACAUUUCAACUGGGAAGUGGAACCAAUCCUCUCCCAUGCCUUAAACAUGCUGCCACAAUGCUUGCCCUGAAAUUGCACUGCUUACAUUUUCCCAGCUCUGCCUCUAGGGUUUGCAAUGGUAGAGAAGGUGCCAGGUCAAAGGUAUACAGUCAAGUGUUUAAUACAGGGAUCACUAACCGAUUGAUUGCCAGUAGGUAGUGCUCCCGCAUAUGAUCAAAAAGGCAAGAGAAAGGAGCAAUAGAACUGUAGUUAUUGACUCCAAUUGAAAACAAAGCCAGAUACAAAGUAUUUCAUGCAACGUGAAAUAAAAAUGUUAAUGUUUAAACUGGUAAAUAUUGUUCCUUCCCCUUGUUUUUAUUGAGCAUGUGACCGGUUGGAGACCUCUGGUUUAGGACAAGCCAGACUCUUCUAAAAAAGGAAAUAUUUAGAAUUUAUAAUAUAGUGGCUUUGUGGCUAUUGCUUCACUUUUUAAAUGACCUGGUUUUAACCUAAGAGAUAUUUAAUGGUAAAUUUAUUUUUGUGGAUUUUUAAAGGUUAGAAGCAGCUUCAUUUUUUUCCAAAUAGACAUUACCUCCGAAACAGAAUUUUGUAGUUUUACAUUUCUAAUGUGAUUGUGUUUCUAGUUUUAGAAUUUUUUUCCCCCUAUUAAAAUCUGUUAUUUUAGAACCAGGAAGCUCACAGGGAAUUCCUGAUACUUGCCAUCCACCUAGAGAGGGCUCAAACCCACACUAACAGUCUGAGGAAUUGUAGUGUGGAGAAAUUAUUGGGUACUAAUCCCAGAGUCAUUUGGAUAAAUAAACUAUUUUGAAAUCAAAUUACCAGCCAGGCUUAUGUGAACACAUUCAAGAAGGAAUUGGACAGUUUGCUAAGAAAGUAUUUUUGUAAAAAAAAUAGGACUGGUACUGACUAGAUUACAAUGUUAUUUUACUGUCCUUUGUAAUCAAGUAUGUAUUUGAAUGUUAUGCUUGAUUGAAUUAAGACAGUUACAUAGCGUAACGAAAUAAAUAUAGACCCAGGGCAGUCUGGAGAGUUCUGGCAGUUUGGAUAGCGAGUCUGUUUAAGUAGUGUUCAGCACAGUAUACAUUGUAUAUGGAUGGGUGGUGUUGCAUAUGUUACUUUAUGCUGUAAUUGGUGAAAGAUAACGGUCUCUAAUACCGUGAUUUUGGGACCCAGUGUCCAGAUGAAAAAAAUCCUAGAGGGUGUCAGGCACCUGUGCAACUGCAACUAGACCUAGGAUAAGUUAACAAUUUCAUGAGAAAUCUAAAAUGUCACGAAAGGAGAAAUCAAGUCAUUUUUAUGCAGUUACAGGUUAUAUGUUGCAUCUCUGCGUGAAAAAUGGCUGUAAUUUUAACAGUGACAACAUAUUAUGAAAACGCAGGGUUUGCUUAUCACAGAUGGUGAUAAAGAUUGAUUUUGUAUUCUUCUCCCUUGUCUUUAUAAGCAAUUUUCUAUGUAAAGAAAGGAAAUGUAAUAACAAAUAAAUAGUUUAAACAUUUG